AAUGGAAGACUUCUUACUGCAUGAUCAUUAUUGCACCAAAGAUUUUUAAAGCGAUCACACGUAACAGGUUAAAGGCUGCAUUUGGCCAUCCCUGGUCAAGCGUGCUAGGUAUAGUUUAAACUGUCACUACGUAUCCAUAGGACACAAAUGUUAUUUGAUGUAAUACUUAACAAACUAUUAGUAAUUGUUUGUAUUCCAGAGUGUUCAACACGAGAAUUCUUACCGAGAUCCACAAGCCAAAUACUGCUACGGGGCGGAAGCACCCGAACUCUUACCUGUACUCUAACAUCAAGCUUUACAGUAACGAUGGAUUCUGUAUGUGAACAUCGAGUGACGUGGCUUGAUUCAUGUCUUCAAGAGACUUUAUUGCCGUCAUCGCCGUGGCACAAAGUUAGCAAUAUAAUUUGUGAGAAGUUAGCUGGACUAUUGGAAUCGAGGCUAGACCGUCCAGAGAUUAGGCAGGCACUCUAUGAGCUUCUUGGUGACGACUUUGUUCGUCAAUACUUUCGGUCUUGGCCAGACAAACCGAUGGUCUUAGAGCUUCCUUUUAUGCAGGCACAAACUAAACGGGAAGCUCGGGUGCUAGCCAAGCAGUUACUGUCUAAUGCAUCUGAUACUGUACUUAAAGACGUUGCUGGAUCAACGUGUGUGGAAGUACAAGAAUUUGAACAAUUUUGUAAGUGUUUGGUCGUGUCACGAGUCAACCAGCAGAUACGAGGAACGUCUGGUGACAGUGGGUUAUAUCAGAGUGAAACUAUUGGAUCAGCGUUGGCUUGCCUUUUGCAGAGACGGCCGGAACAACUAAAAUCUAUCUGCAAAACAAUAUACGGGAGACUGUUGCCUGACACUCUACGUGGAUGUGUAUGGUCUCUAACAUUAGACAGUAUGAUAGCAAACUUGAUUCGGAUAGCAAAGAAAGAAUUGGGGGGAAAUGAAACGGUGAGCAGUGUCGAUGUGAGGAAGAAGAGAUUUAUGGAAACCAUACAAAGAGUAAUGGACACUGCCGCACACAAAUCGCCACUGAAAUCACCGAUCUCGGGAUUAAUACAGAGAUCAGUAGAGCAGGCUUAUCGUACCACUCUGCCACUGUCCGAUCAACUUGAUGAAAUGCUUCAGUGGAAAACUGUAAUUCAAAAUAUUCUCAAUUGCUUGUACAUAUACAACAAAUCAUAUGAGCCGACACAUAUUUAUCUUUCAUUUCCGGUUGUAUUAGCGUUUUGGGACAAGAAACGUAUUGAAAAUGAUGAGCAUCACUGCGUGGAAUUGGCAUGGCGACUACAUGAAGUUGUUACAUACUGUUUUCCAUCUCACAAAGCAAUCAGUGAUAUGAGCAGUGAUGUCAUUAGGACUAUACAACGAGCUGAUGAGCGGUUAUAUUUGCAUCUUGUUUCAGUGACUAGGAAGGCCAAUUUGGGACAACAUCAAGAGUUUUUGGCAAAGUUGGCUGCUUCAGACAGCAGUGGGCAGUCAUCAGUUUUUGGACCAGAAAUCUUUAUCAGAAAAUGGGUUACAGAAGGGUUUGUUAGUGUUUUAGAGUAUCACAGUGUGAUGUUCAUUUGGGACCAGCUUUUUCUUGCGGAUUGGGCACUGUUUGCAAUGCAGAGAUUCUGCUUAGCAAUACUGAGACUACUGAGAGAGCAGCUGAUGGCUGCAGAGACUUUUGAACAACUGCAUAAGGUAUUAAUUCGGGAACCUUGUGGACUGUUUCUAAAACAAGUUCAGUCUGGGUGGAUGAAGGAAGAGCUUUCAGACAUGUAGUUGUGUAGACUUUUUCAUGGUUGGAUGACAGUUGCUUCAGGUAAUCAACAACAGUAAUUUAGUACUGAUUACCAUUUGUUGUCUUAUCCAAUCUUAAUGAUAAGAGUAUGGCUUCACUUUUGCAGAUUGAAAGAAUCGUUCAGCAUGCAGUGAAACGUGUAAUAUAUCUGAAGAGAACACAACCAGACUUGUUGUGUUCACUUCUUCAUAAAAUUUCUUUUUUCAAACA